AUGACAAAAGGCCCGCUGAAGACUACUUUGUUACCGAUAUACUGUGAGAGAAGAAUGGAAAUGUUAGAAAAAAAUCGGCCACGUAAUCUUCGACAACGUACAAAAAUAGCAGUUUUUGCCAUAGGCGAUAAAAUAACCAAGAAAGAAGCAAUUCCAAAGCGCAGCACAGAACUCACCAAUGAACACAAGGCAACACGUGUGCUAGCCAUUGUAUUUGCAUGUUUUUUUAUUUGUUGGACACCAUUUUUUGGUGGCAAUCUUGUGCUUGGCUUUUGCGGCAAACGAUGUGCCUUACCGCCAACGAUAGCGUCUUUUUUUCUGUGGUUAGGGUAUUUUUCGAGCACCAUCAAUCCUCUUAUUUAUACUAUUUUUAAUAGACAAUUUCGACGAACAAUCCUCGAAAUUCUUCGCUGUCAUUGUGCUUACUCGGUGCAGAAUACCUAUACUAGCAAUUAUUAUUGGAGACAAUUGCACAAUAACAACUGGGUUACCACUGAUCGACCUGAUUUGGAACAAGAACGCUCCAACCCUCUACGCUGUAAAGGAUGUUUAGAUGAGUCGAAACCUUCAAGACAAGAACAAAGUGUCCGGUCAAUACAGCCAGAUGGUUUACCAUUGGUAACAAACAGAGGAAUCGGCUUACUUCAAAAGAAUGUACAACCUGCAAACCCAGAUGGACGACAACAACCCAUUUUCCUGAGCAUGUUAUUGAGGAAAUUAUUUUCAACAUUUGAUAUUGCAAUGCUUUGUUACAGCAAACAGCUAAGCCUAUGA